AUGACGAACUCUGACCGUCCAACCGUUCUUCUUAUCAACGGGCCCAACCUGAACCUGCUCGGCACCCGCGAGCCAGAGAAGUACGGCAGCCAAACACUGUCCGACGUGCUUACGCGCAGCCAGGUUGUCUGCACCGAGUUGGGCCUGCACCUCGAAACAUUCCAGUCCAACCACGAAGGUCAGAUCAUCGACAAGAUCCACUCGGUACUCGGCAAGGCGAACUCGACCUUCUUGGUCAUCAACCCAGGUGCCUUUACUCACACUUCAGUGGCUAUCCGCGAUGCCAUCUCUGGCGUGCAGGUCCCGACGAUCGAGGUGCACAUCACCAACGUCCACAAACGCGAAGCCUUCCGUCAUCAUUCCUACCUCUCCGAUAUCGCCGUAGGUGUGGUGGCUGGGUUCGGUACCUAUGGAUACGAGGCCGCCAUCCGCUUGGCUGCUCAACACCUUUGUCCCAAACAGGCCUAG